UGCCCCUAGUAAACAUGGCCGCCGAAUGGUCCCUUUGUUUCAACAACGGGGUUUGAGACCUGGCUGCCCAGCGCGGAGAUGGCCGCCCCGUGCGCGGUGUGGUUUGCGGCUCAGGAGGAGAGAGCCGUUUGCCCCUAUGAUGCCAAUCACCAGAUGCCCAGAUCCUCCUUGGCUAAGCACAUAGUGGCCUGCCGGCUGAGGAGGCUGGAGUACUCCAGAGAGGAGCAGGCUGAAAUGUAUGACUCUGCAUUUUACUAUGAGAAAGCAAAGAUACCCACCAUUACUAUGGAUAAGGAUCUACAAUUUCAGAUUAUUAAACAAGCUAAAGCUUCGAGUGCUAAAGAAGGUGGAGGCUCCAGUGAAGCUUUAGGUGCCUAUUCUUCACUGCCUGUUGAAGUUCCCCAAAACCACAAACGCUUCAUCUGUGACCUGACUCAAGCUGAUCGUCUUGCAAUCUAUGAUUAUGUCCUGGAAGAGACGAAGAAACAGAGGUCCAGAUCCCAGGCCACUGAAAACGACAGUGAUCUCUUUGUAGAUUUGGCUGCUAAAGUCACCCAAGAUGAUGGUCAAAAAGGUCCAAAGUCUCAUCUUGAAAUCCUGGCAGAAAUGCGGGACUAUAAAAGACGGCGGCAGUCGUACAGAGCUAAGAAUGUUCAUAUAACAAAGAAAUCUUACACUGAGGUAAUCAGAGAUGUGAUUGGUGUGCACAUGGAAGAACUCAGCAGCCACUGGCAGGAGGAAGGUAAACCAGACAAUGCAGAGACGUGUGAAGGAGGAAAAUCUUCCAUUUCAGCAAAAUCUUCAGGAAGAAACGAAGAGAGACGGUCAGCAUCAGUGGACUCUCGACAGUCUUGUGGAAGCUCUAAGGAUGUUGAUCGAUCUAGACACAGGAGAGAUCCCAGCAGAAGUCCAGACAAACAAAAAAGAAGUAGAGAAAGAGGCAAAGACAGGGAUUCCAGGAGAAAAAGAGAGAGGGCUGAAGACAAGUAUCACAACCACAAAAGAAGAAAAUAGGAAAAGGGCUGUAAAGAAGAUGUGUGUCAGCUGUUAGUUAAGGAAAUAGACU